AUGGAUUAGAAGACUGAAAAGGCUUUACUUGAAUAGUAGAAUGAAUUGCUAGAGUUAUAGUUAUAAGAAUUAAAGGAGAGGGAAGAUGCUUACAAAAUGUUUAAUGAGACAAUUCUAAAUGCUUACAAUUCAAUGCAGAGUGAUGUUAAUAAAUAGAAUAGUUUAGUUUAUAAACAAUUAUAGCAGACUUUGGAAUAAUAUUCUCAAGAAUUGAUAGAAUCUAAAAAUAGGAACACUGCUGUUUUAUCCUAACUAGAAAAGGAGAACAGAUACUUGAAAAACUACUUAGAAUAGCUAGAACUUAAGAUCUAAGAAUAAGCUCAAGUCUAGGAAAAUGAACUCACCGAUUUGGAAUAAUAAUAUGAUGCUCUUCAAUAACAAUAGGAGAGUACUGUUAUUGCAAAACCUAAGAAGAAGAAGUCACAAUAGGAUAAAGAGAACAAUAAACCAGAAUAAGGAGGGGGAGGUUGCAUUGUGUCUCUUAAGCCUAAAAAUGAUUGUGGUAAAAAGAAGGAAUUAUGCAUAAGCAAUGUGUUGAAUUGCAAGGAUUCUAAUGUGAUGGAGAUCUCUCAAUUAGAUUGGUUGGAUUCCAGUUCUCCCACUGGAUUAUUCAAACAAUUUUAAAUACUCCAAAGAGGACGGGAUCGUUCUGAUCACUCAUUGAGGAUGUAAUAGUAGCCCCAAUUAUCCAAAAGAAUCUUGAGGGAUUAAGGAAAGAGUGAAGAUUCUGUCAGUCCUCAAUGUAUUAGGAAUACAACUCCCCAAAAUCAUUAUAUCACUCCGGAAUCAAAAUAGUUAAAAUACGAUGCACAAUAGGGGUUUGCAAGUAAAGCAGAGUAGAAUCAACAAAAAGCAGAAAAGAGAUCUCUGGCGGAGUUCACAAAACAAAUUAAUUCUGUUAGAUCAACUGAGAACUUCCAAAUGAUUUUGAGAUAGAGUUCUUUGGUUUGA